UUAUAGAUUUACUCUAAGUCUUUCCAUACUAAAUAGGGAAUAGCUAUUGAAAUGUGUAAAAUGAGUCCACUGGCUGUUCUCUCCGUGUUAGUUAUAGUUCUAUCAAAGUCAGUAUUGUGUGUUCAACAACCUUCAAACAUAUUUGAGAUUGUGGGAAUGUUCACUACAACGUCUACUGACCCCAGUAUUAGAGACACCUAUGGAAUAUAUCCUAGAGAAGCAGCAAGGCUGGCUGUGGAGCAUGCAAGAGAAGAGGGUCUUCUCACGAGGCACAAUUACGACCUAAAAUUGUUCGAAUUUGAGUCAAGAUGUGAUCAGACUGGUGCGGUUAUUGCCUACCUGGAGUAUAUUAGAGAUACUGAUUUUGAUCCAGAUAUUCCUAAUGCGUACUUGGGCCCAGUGUGCAGUGUGUCAACUACAUUGACUGCUACGAUAGCCAGUCAGUACAUAAACACUGUACAAGUCUCGUAUGGCGUCUUGUCACCUCUGUUUUCCGAUGUCACCACAUACUCAUACUUUUAUCGAACAGUGCCUGAUUUUAUUACGUACGUAGAACCGAUUGCAGCAAUCCUGGAGCAUUUUGAUUGGCAAGUGAUUGGAAUUGUACUUUCUGACAGUGUUCGCCAUGGACUACUAAACGAAGCUUUGGUUAAUUUUCUGAGAGUACGAAACUCAAACUUUAAAAUUGCGACAACUGUUUCUUAUUUUGACCUAGAGGGGGAAAAUUUGCAAAACUCGGUUAGAAUUUUCAUUGGAAUGGUGGGGGAAUCUAUGACUGCUGAUACACUAUGUGCUGCUUAUGGAGCCGGAUUGACAGGAAGAAAUUUUGUGUGGAUAAUUCUAGGUGACUUCUUCGACGGUUGGUGGCGGAAUCUUCAAAACAUGGAGUGCACUGAAGAGCAAAUGCUUGUGGCUAUAGAAUCGACACUCAUAUUGUCAAAUAUAAGGCGAAUAUCAUAUGAAACGUUCACUACAAUCAAAAGUCAAAAUAUAUCUGCAUUUUGGGAAGAUUUCAGUGGACACUUAAAGCAUAGUACAGGUUUGGAUUUUGUUGAAACUAGAGCUAUCCGUGUACUUCAAUCGUAUGAUGCUGUUUGGACAAUUAUCAAGGCUCUCGAUAUUACACUAAAUGAAGGAAAUUUCACUGAAACUAUUGAAGACGAGAGUAACAAUAGUCUGAUUACUUCCGGUCGAGUGAAAAGACUCCACCGAGAGCUGAACAGAAACAUGAAAAGGUUGUCGUUUGAAGGCACCUCUGGAAGAAUCGAAUUCACCGAUGAAUUUAACGGCCCACAACUGCCAACAACUACUAUCUUUCAAAUGCAGAACAGUUCGAUUGUGCCUGUUGGUAUCCAUCAAGGUUCUGCAGCUGUUGAUUUCUCGUUUUUCAGGUCCAAUCUAACUUGGCAAAGUGAAGAGCCUCCGCGAGAUAGGCCUGUUGUAAGGUUUAAAGUGGUUGAGAUUUGGAUCAUUGUGGUAAUGCUGAUAUUUACAGGAAUUGGCUUUGUCUAUGCGAUAGGAAUUUUGGUUCUAAAUAUUGUGUAUCGAAAGCACAAGGUCAUUAAAGCUUCUAGUCCAUACAUAAACAUUUUAAUUAUUGCUGGUUUAUUUUGCGGACUGUUACUUAUUCCAAUUAUGAGUAUCCAGCAUUUGGAUGAAGACCGAAUAAUACCAGAUGCGGCUUACUUGUUUAUCUGCAACAGUGAAGUGUGGCUGGCUUUUAUUGCUCUAACACUUGCGUUUGGCUCCUUACUCGCUAAAACGUGGAGAGUGUACGUUAUAUUCAGAAACCCUUGGGUUAAAGCACGGCCAUACAAAGAUCAUGUACUGCUAUGUAUGGUAGGAGCGUUACUAAUUCUGGACGUAUUUUUACUUUCACUUACGACAGGUAGAGUUCAACUUACAUUAAAUAUCUACACCUCCCCUUCAUCAGCAGAGCAGUUUGCAAUCGACGCUUAUCGACUAUGCCUCACAGGGGCAAGUUUGUACGAUCCAAGUGUGGAAUUCUUAGUAUGGAUAGGAGUUCUUUCACUGAUCAAAUUGUUACUGUUUCUGUUUGGAGUUUUCCUCGUGUUUCAAACCAGUAAAAUCAAAGCAAAAUUCUUCCAAGACUCCAAGUUUGUUGGACUUUCAAUUUAUGUAACUUUUUUCACCUGUGGUGUUGGAAUUCCAGUCUCAUUCGGGCUAUUGCUUGCUCUUGAAGAAGAUAUUAGUUUUGUAUGUUCGUCGUUAACAGUUCUACUCUGUGUCUUCUUUAUUCUAAGUGCCGUCUUCAUUCCACGAUUUAGUCUACUCGUGAAGUACAAACAGAAAGUUCCGACGGCUGUUUUAAUUGGACUUAACCCAAGUUUUAGAAUCAGACGACCAACAGGGUUCGGAUUAGGAGGCAAGAAAAAAGGUUUAAGAGACUCGCAAAGCACAGAGGGAAGCGUAGAAGCGACAAGUACAGUUGCAUUGGUGUCUCCGUAUAGUACCCUGUCCCUACCUGCACUAACGAGUACGAGGUGUGAUAAUGAUCUGAUUCCGGAUACAGUAUGGGAACCAGCUUAUGAUGAGGAGCCAACCUCACCAGCUAGAGUCAUUUCGGGGGAGGAUAAUUAUGCUGUCAAGAAUCCGUACACACAGUUCAAUAGCCCCAUCAACAAUCGAACCCACUGCCACCAUGAUGGAGACACUGUUGUUAGUACUGUGUCAAUCUCUGUACAAGUUCACAAUUAAUCAUGCCAGACUACCCAGGCUAUUCCAUAAAACUGACAUUAUUUAUUCCAUUUUUGUUGUUGUUCUGCAUACAUUGUUUGAA